AUGCUUCCGUUGGACCGUAGUCUCCCAAACGCAAGCGUUAAUUCGUGCUGGGACCCCCACAGUACAGUCGAGUACAGUCUCUCCAGAUCGCCGCGUCUGCCUUCAUUGCGGUUCGAGCCAAGUGUCACGGCAGACGUAAUGUCUCAGGCCGAGAUGGGAGGACAUCAAAAGAGUGGUGAACGAGUCAAAAUCAACGUGGGUGGCACCGUAUUCGAAACUACCAUCUCCACGCUGACAAGGCUGGAUAAUACUGUGCUUUCCACAAUGGUGGCAAAUCGCUGGCGAAAUCAGGAAGAGAUAUUCGUGGACAGAAGUCCGACUUAUUUUUCCAAGAUAUUAGAUUACCUAAGAGACGGUGAGAAUGUUACUCUCCCCAGGGACGAUGAGGCUCGAGAGGCUCUACGUAAAGAAGCUGAGUUCUACAAUCUCCCUGAUCUGUCCAAGAUGUGCACCUUACACAUCCGCGAUAUUGUGCAAUGGAAGGAAAGCGCUAUCGAAAUGUACUGGAAGUAUUUUGUCAGAUAUCUGCACGAACUGGAAUAUUUUGAAAAAAGGAGAUUACGGUGUAUGGCCUGUGGAGAUUGUAGAGAAGAUUACGUUGGUCCCACAGCUUCGAUCGGCAAUGUUGAUCUCCAUAAAGUUGUGAUCAACUAUGAAGAUUGGAUACCGCUGAGGCAACAUAUGCCUUAUAUGAAGGGAAAAGUAACCUUUGCGAGUUUUAAAUGGUCCUGCUGUUCGGUGGAAUGGGGCAGCCUGCAUACGCAUAUUCCUCAAUCUGCACUGCGCAAGAGCAGGUACUAG